AUGGACGUGCCAAUUUCCAAGAGGCCGGUGCCUUCCACCUUCGAUGACCAUGGCCCUCCUCUGAAGAGAAUCAAGAGCCUUGACGAAGAGCCUGCACAAUACAGCGAUGCGGUCCGCAAAAAGUUGGCCUUGACGUCUCGAACGGGACAGGCUUGCGAUCGAUGUAAAGAGAGGAAGAUGAAAUGUGACACGGACCCGGUGGCAUGUCAGCCUUGUCGUCAGAAGGGUUUGCGGUGCUACACCACCGAUCGUGUGACCGGGCAAGCACGAGAAAGAGGAGAAUCGAAUCGCGCCGAGAAUGAGCUUCUAUAUUUGAGGGAACAAGUGGCCGCCUACCAGCGCAGAUAUGGCUCCUUACAGCGAUCGGAAUCUGCCAGCAAUGUGCCUACAGCGACUCCCAGGAGUUCAAUAUCUCAGUCCACGGCGUAUUCUGCGUCUCCGACAUCGUCAAGACUGGAUGCGAAGUACGUCGGCUGGCCUUCACCGGGUCAUUGCGACGGCUUUUGCUCAGGCCCGGUCAACGGUACGGUGGUGGAUAUUAUGGAUGGUGUCGUCGACAUUGCAGGCUGGGAAUGUGAAAUGAUGGAAGACUAUCCCAGCGACGUGACGGGGAAAUUUAACCUCUCAAGGACGUCGAUUGUCAAUACCAUCUGUGGAUAUCAACGUGUGGAGGACCCCAAGCUGCCAUCAAAGGAAGACGCUCUCCGAGACGCCAAUCAUUUUCUGGUUAUCAUGUCGCAAUAUGUUCCGAUCGUCCACAGGCCCAGCUUUAUGGAACUCGUUAACAGAUUCUAUGACCAGCCGAAUACGUUAACAGUUGCUGAGCGGGUUCAGGUAUUGAUUGUCUUCUCCAUCAUAGCCCAUCAAACCGCGGUAAGGAACCAUCUCCAGUCCGCUGAGAAGUUCGAGGAAUCCCACCGUUAUCUCCACUAUGGCCUGGGCUAUUAUCGCGAACUCCUUCAUGACCCGUCGCUGGCAUCGUUGCAGGCGAUGGCGCUGAUCAUCGUUCACUUUCGAAACUUGCCCAAACCAGGUGUAUCUUGGACCUAUUGCCAUCAGGUCCUGGUGCGAGCUAUCGAACUGGAAUACCACCGCGACCCGGACAAGAUUCAACUGCCUGAAGGCGAGAACAAUCCACUGUCAAAGGAACUUCGGAAAAGAGUCUUUCAUUCAAUACUCGGCGUCUGUGUGACAACGGGUUGCCGUGUUGGCUUACCAGCACCGUGGCAAUUUCAGCACAUCGACGUCCCUUUACCGAGGGCCAUUAAAGACUCCGAGAUAUCUAAGGACGGAUUGGUCGUGGAUUUGUCAGGUCAAUGCGAGUUCUGGCCUUGUCUACAUCUGGCAAAAUUACUACCCCUUCUUACCGAAUUACACAACAACAUUAUAGCUGUUAGGAAGCCGGCAGCGGAAUAUCUCCAAAAUGUGGAGGUACUGAACACGAAAAUAAAUGCCUGGCGGCAAGAUUGGGACGAGUCGACCAAAAAUGAACCAAAACAUGUCAAUCUCAGUGUCGCGACCCUUCUAUUCGAAACUUGGGCCGCCGAGUAUCAGCUAAACUUACACCACCCGGUAUGUUGUACGAGUGACGAUCCUGAGGUGAUGGAGCGACAUCUGGACAUCUGCCAUAAAUCUGCCAAACGUCUCUUGCAGAGUUUCCACCGAUUGUCAAGCAGAUAUAAAGGGGUGGAUUUCACAUGGCAUUCCACGCUGGCAUAUGCGACCGGGUUUGGCAUCACCCUCUAUGUGUACAAGAGGAAAAAAGGACCAGUUACCAUCGAGCAAUUCGAGGCAAUGCGGAAUGAACUGAAAGGUUGGACAUCGUUGAUGGCAUACGCAGACCUUGUGCUGAGGACCGGUAACCACUUGCAGAGACAGUUCCAACCUCGAGUGCAAGCUCUCGAGGAUGAGUAUCGGGCAUUGUUGGUUGAACAGCCUCCGAAGAGCAGCAACGCCCAAAGUCCACUAAGUCCAGCCAACCUUCCCAACGCUUUAGGCCCAGUGAAAGUCGAACAAUCGAAUGCGCUUCUGUUCCAAGAGCACUCUAGCCCAAAUGCAACUAUGGACCGCAAUAGCCUUCAACAACCAAUGUUCAUGCCUUCCCAAGGAGUAACUCAAAGCCAUUCAACAUCUCCAUUGAGCCAUCAACAGUCUCAGCGGCAAUGGCCUGGCAUAUUCUCAUUCCCUCAACCGCCACCACCUGGACAAGGUCCCGGACAGGGGCCGGGAGUUACAUCACCUAUAUUUACAGCCUUCUCUCAGUCCCCGAUUAGUGGACUUUCGACAUCUGCAUCCAUCCCGGUCAUUCCCACUUCGUUGUCUUCGCUGCUCAAUGACUCGGGGAAUUUCUACAUGAGUUAUCCCACGCCACCGCAGGCUCAAACUAGCCUUGGAGGAGUCGGGCUGGGUAGAGGUGCCGAUCCACAGAUGGCUUUCUCACAAAACCAUUUCUUCAACGGUCCAGGACCAAUGGACUGGCCAUUGAUUAGUAUGCCGCCAGGUCAACAGUCAUGA